GACACGGCUUCCACUUCCCAGAGCUCAAUGCCGAGGAUGUCGAGCUCCUCAACCCAGAGCAGAAGAAGGCGUGCGAGGAGACGCUGGCGCACGCGCAGCAGGCCCAGCGGGUCUACAAGUCGGCGGCGGACAUCGGCCAGGAGGCGCAGGAGGCGGCGAGCACGCUCAAGGAGCUCCGCGAGAAGGCGUGGCAGCAGGAGCCCCUGCAGUACCACAUGAAGGAGCAGCUGGAGCUGGAGGAGAAGAAGAGGGACCAGCAGUAG